AUGUUGAUCCUCGACCGAGAGAUCGAGGAGGGCGACAGCGCUGAAGAGCUGCGGGCGCCGGACAACAGCAGCGAGAGGCCGAACAAAGUGAAAGUGAUCGCUCUCACGGCUGGCGUCCUGGCCGCGCUCGUCGGCGUGGUCCUGUUCAUGCUCUCGGAUCCAUGCCGCUCUCCGCUGGCCGUCUUCCGGGGGCAUGGGAUUGAAAUGGUAGAGAUGAAGCAGUUAGAAGCCGCCUCGCGGAACCUCAAGUCUGUGAAGAGCCGAACCGCGGCUGACCAGAUGGUGAGGGAAACGAUGAGCAAGGCAAGAGAAGAGAGGAUCGCCCAUCACAAGAUCCACAAGUUGGGCAUGCCGAAGGGUCUCCGCAAGAUGGUGGGUUCCGGAGCGACACAGAUCGGCGACUACUUCCAUUCGGAGAAGUUGGCCGUGGAAGCCCGAAAGGCUGAGAUUGGUGACAUCGGUUGGACGGCGCAGAAGAAGGCAGAGUACUGGGGAGGUGGACAGUUGGAGCGCUCCGAGAACUUCCGGCAAGCCUUCUGCGUCUUCAAUGUGGCGGAGACCAUCGACAGUCUCGGAGGCACCGGGAUCGACGUGGACGCCAUCGUGCGCACCUGCCCCGAGCCCCGCAACGACAUCUCCGACUUCGCGUGCGCGGUCAACGCAGAAACCUUGGCAGAGAUGGUGGGAACUGCUGCCACCUGGCUCUCGAGCGCCGUGUCCACCUGUGACACCUUCCCCAACGUGGGCGCUGAGUGCGCCUCCGGCGUGGCGGGCAUCUUGGGCGCGCUGGGGGAAGUGGCGGCCAGUGGGACCUUGGCCAUGACCUCCUGUAAACAAUAUCCCUUGGCCGGAUUCAAGGCUGAUCAGUACAGCAGAGAUGCCAAGAUUGACAGUGCCGGCCACUCUACCAUGAGGAUCUCUCAGGUGGCCAACCAUGGCCCACCGGAGCGCCGCUUGUUCAUGGGCGCUGGGCUCAUGGGCACCGGCGUCCAGUGCGGCGUGGACAUCGGCUUCAUCGUGGACAAUAUCUAUGACACCAUCUUCUAUAUCCAGCAAGCGGUGUCCAUCUCCAGCUGUUCCAAGCACACGCGCUAUGGACCUUACAACUACCUCACAGGAGUGCCUGAGGCUGCUUGUGCCAUGGACAUCAGUGGCGCCAUCGCGUGGAUCACGCAGAUCGCCACCUUCGUGCAGCAGCUCAUCAGCCAUUGCCCCGACAUUUUAGAGUUGCCCACGCUUUGUGGAUCCAGCGCCACUGGGCUUUUGUCCUCGGCCUCGCAGAUUGCUUCCUGGGGCUCGCAGGUGGCCAUCGCCUGA